GUAGGCCAUCCACUUUUAUUUUAUUUUUGUCAUUAUUUUUUACAAUUUGAAUUCUGAUGUAAUGAUCAAGGAAAAUCACUUAUUUUCAUCCUGGGGGGAGCAGAUACUGUAUGAUUACAGCUCAAGUAAUUGCUGGAUUUGGGAAGAGGCCAGAAACCAGGGGGAGAGGCAGCUGAUUGAGAAGGGCUGUGAUUGGAGGUUCUCCACUCAAGCAUCUGCCAGCAGGGCUGGAGUGGAAUGUGGAACCGAAUCCUUUAGUUAAAGAUAGAAAUUGUGUGCUGACAGGAGCCAGUGUCUAAUUUCAGAUCCCUGCCUGCCUCCUCAAACUGUGCCUUGUUGUUUUGCUCUCUUACUUUAUUUUUUGCCCCGAGGCACAGAACUAACGUUUUGAUUAUUUGUUCAAAAAGAAGGAUACAAAAGUACAACAUUUCACAGUUAUGAGGGAUUGAACAGAGGAUGGUACACAAAGGAAGAAUGAUUGAAGAUCGUGGGAGAAGAGGUAAUACCAUGGCAGAAACAAGACAGCUGUUUGCAGAAAUGCGGGCUCAAGAUUUGGAUCGCAUUCGAUUAUCUACCUACAGGACAGCAUGCAAGCUCAGAUUUGUACAAAAGAAAUGCAAUUUGCACCUGGUGGACAUCUGGAAUGUUAUAGAAGCCUUCAGAGAAAAUGGUCUGAAUACAAUGGACCCCAACACUGAGUUCAGCGUGGCUCGCCUGGAAGCAAUACUCUCCACCAUUUUCUACCAGUUGAACAAACGCAUGCCAGCCACCCACCAGAUCAACGUUGAACAGUCCAUCAGCUUGUUACUCAACUUUCUGCUGGCAGCUUAUGACCCGGAAGGCCUUGGCAAAAUAUUGGUGUUUGUUGUAAAAAUUGCUCUGGCAACAAUAUGCGGAGGGAAGAUUUUAGACAAAUUAAGAUAUAUUUUUUCACAGAUUUCUGAUUCCAGUGGCAUAAUGAUUUACUCAAAAUUUGACAUGUUUUUGCGGGGGGUACUAAAACUGCCCACAACAGUUUUUGAGGGCCCCUCCUUUGGCUACACUGAACAGGCUACCAGGUCAUGUUUUGCCCAGCAGAAGAAGAUAUUGCUCAACAAUUUCCUGGAUAGCCUCAUGUCUGAUCCUCCUCCUCAGUGUCUGGUUUGGUUACCAUUAAUGCAUCGUCUGGCUAAUGUAGAAAACGUCUUUCACCCUGUAGAGUGCUCGUACUGCCACAGUGAGAGCAUGAUGGGCUUUCGCUAUCGCUGCCAGCAGUGUCAUAAUUACCAGCUCUGUCAGGACUGUUUCUGGAGGGGACAUGCCAGUGGUUCCCAUAGCAACCAACACCAAAUGAAGGAAUAUACAUCAUGGAAAUCUCCUGCUAAGAAGUUAACUAAUGCACUUAGCAAGUCCUUAAGCUGUGCUUCCAGUCGUGAGCCUUUGCACCCAAUGUUCCCUGACCAGCCUGAAAAACCUCUAAACCUGGCCCACAUUGUUGACACUUGGCCUCCGAGACCUGCAAACAGCAUGAAUGACACCAUUUUCUCUCACUCUGUUCCCAACUCAGGAAGCCCGCACACAAAUAAAAGAUCUGAGGGUGCAAGUCCACAUAGCCCAGUGACUGAUGAUGAUGAUGGUGGUGAGCAUGCGCUAAUAAACCUGUAUGUAAGUCUGCUGAACAGCGACUCACGCUUGCCUCACACUAAGAAUAAUGAAGUAGAACAGAACAAAAACUUGACUAGGGCUGCUCCACUUUUGUUGAAAGGGAAGGGGAUAACCUACAGCCUAGAUGUUGCCGAUAGACUUGCUGAUGAACAUGUUCUCAUCGGGCUGUAUGUCAAUCUGCUGCACAGCAACCCCACACGCAUGCUGGAGAGCACUAGCCGCCUGGAUGAAGAGCACCGGCUGAUUGCCCGGUAUGCAGCCAGGCUGGCAGCUGACGCAGCUUCAACGCAACAAGCACAACAGCAGCGGGCUGCUUCAGACAUUGCCUUUACCCUCGAUGCAAACAAACAACAGCGGCAGCUCAUCGCAGAACUAGAAAGCAAAAACAGAGAAAUCCUUCAGGAGAUUCAGCGGCUGCGUCUGGAGCAUGAGCAGGCUUCCCAGCACAGCCCUGAAAAGGCUCAGCAGAACCCCACCCUCCUAGCAGAACUCCGACUUCUCAGGCAACGGAAGGACGAGCUGGAGCAGAGGAUGUCUGCUCUGCAGGAGAGCCGCAGGGAGCUCAUGGUUCAACUCGAGGGGCUCAUGAAACUUCUGAAGGAGGAAGAAAUGAAGCAGGCAACACAAGGGGCAGGCUCCCCUCGCUCGUCUCCCAGCCACACCAUCAGCCGGCCCAUCCCAAUGCCGAUUCGCUCUGCAUCCGCCUGCUCGACGCCAACCCACACACCUCAGGAUUCUCUCACUGGCGUUGGAGGAGACGUACAGGAAGCCUUUGCUCAGGGCUCCAGGAGGAACUUAAGAAAUGACCUGUUGGUGGCAGCUGACUCCAUCACCAACACCAUGUCGUCACUCGUGAAGGAGCUCAACUCGGAAGAUGGCAGUGGGGAGGAGGAUGAGGACAUACUACUGAAUGGACAGGACAGGGAAGCUGGCAGUGAGACAGAAAGUAAUGUGGACUCUGACUUCGGGCGUGCUCACUUUGAUGACCUGGUCCCGUCUCCCACCUCGGAGAAGGCUUUCCUCGCACAAAUCCACGCCAGGAAACCAGGGCAUCUCCACAGCGCCUCAGCGACUGGCACGAUCCGCAAGGACCUUGGAACGGAAGAAGGGGAUGAUGAGAGCUACGAGAACGACUCGGUCCGCCAGCUUGAGAACGAACUGAAAAUGGAGGAAUUCCUGCAACAAAGACAGCAGGAGAAAACCUACAUGAUGAGCUACGUGAGGACCGACGAUGAGGAAAGCGGUAUCCGGACGGGUGAUGAGGAAGGGCUGGUGGCCCAGAGCAAAGAGUGGAACGAACACAUGAAGCAUCUCCUCAAUAAAAAAAAGCUACAGCGAUUCUGAGAAGGAGAGCACUGUAACUGUAUUAUAGAUCGUAGUUAGCUGUGUGUUUUAAACCAUUUAGAAAACGUUUUUCUUUAAGCUGUUCUUUUAUUAAUGACAGCAUCUUCAGUGAUGUGUUUCAAUAGAACUAACAGGGAACAGGAGACCAUGUCCUGGUUCUGCUGUUAGAAGCAAUGGCAGUAUUAUUAUUAAGUAAAUUAGUACCUAGAUCUUUUGCACAUACGAUCAAUGCUACGUUUACACCUGAAACACUAGUGUACUUUUUUUACUAGAAGAGAUGAUUUCUAAAUGAUUUGUAGUUUUUGUAUAGAACAGGUUGUAAUAUCAGAAAUAAGAAAAAAAAUAUAUAGAUGUAUUUUUUUGCCUGAUACAGAAUUUCCAACAC